AGUAAAUUAAAAAAUUCGAAUUAAAAGUUAACGAGUAUUUAACUGGUGUUUUAUCGAUAGAUAAUAAUUUUAUGAACAAUAUAGAGGGCGUGAAAAUGAUUCGGUUUAAAUAAUUGGAAUUAUAGGUGGCGUUUUGUUCGAGAGAAAAGACUCGGAGGAAGAGGUUGUGCUAAGAAGUAAGGGAUGCCCUCAUAAGUCAUAGAGAAUGGAUAAUUUAAUGAGAGUGUUUAUGGGGAUUGUAACGGGAGCCAAAGACUCUAUAUGGGGUAUAUUAUCGAUUCGAGACAUGAAUAAAGAGAAAGAAACAAAGCCCGUUAACCAAUUAGUAACAACAACAUUGUCAAGGAGGAGAAAACAAGAAUCGAAUCGAAUCCCUGAAAUCAAAAGUGAAGAGACAAAAAUUUCUAUAAGAAUAUUCCAGUGUUGUUUGCUCAAUGGUGGGAUAUUUUGGGCAAGUAUCGCAAUUUUCUCUUACUUAGUAUUACCUGGUCUUCAUAAACUUAUGAAUUUUGUGUUUAGUCACAGCCCCAGUAUGGCUGCUUUUGUGUGGAGUUGGUUGAGACCAAUUCUGUCUUGUGUGUUUGAUGCACUUUGGGUGCUACCUCUAUUCCUGCUGAGUCGCAUCAUCAAUAGCCUGUGGUUCCAAGACAUUGCCAACACUGCUUACAGGCACAUUCGCGGCCGCCCCCAGUACGUGGGAGGAUUUAGCAAGACGUGGGCUGACAAUCUGUUCAGUUUCUUGAUUCAGGUUUUAUUUCUGAUGCAGAGCUAUCUGGUGAGACUAUUACCGGUAUACAUUCUGGGCCAGGUAGCCGGAAUAGUGCAUCUGUGUAUGUUGUAUUCAUUUUAUGCCUUCGAGUAUAAGUGGAUCAACAUGGGAUGGGAAUUGCAUAGGAGGUUGGCAUUUAUUGAGAUGAAUUGGCCUUACUUUAUAGGUUUUGGCCUGCCACUCGCCGUCCUGACGUCGUUGUCCUCCUCUUUCAUUACCAGCGGGAUCAUCUUUGCCAUAUUUUUCCCGCUCUUUAUCAUUAGCGGAAAUGAAGCCGUUCCCAUGACUGGAACGUGUGAAUAUAGACUUAGGUUGUUUUCUCCCGUCGUCUAUCUAUCGAAUGCCUUUUUCCACCGUACUAUUAAUUUGGACAGACAAAAACUUGCAGCGAGAAAAUUACACAGCUAGUAUGAGAACUGUUGAUUGAUGACAGCGGAAUCCAAAUGGUAAACAGAAGAAUAUUUUGAAGCUUUUAUGAAUGUUUGUUGAUAUAACGUGUGUUUACUAAAUGAUGGAACCAAUUUAUCGACUG